AUGGCGAGCGAGGGGUCAAAAUCAGGGAAUAGAAGCAAUUGGAAAACAUCGGCACCAAAAGCGAGGCCUUUGACAGAAGUUUUCCUUAGGUUUCAGCUCUACCACGCGCCUCCUCCGCUUCUCAUCAUACACACAGUAGCAGCAGUGAUUCGCCUCAAUCACAUAAUUAUUAUGAUUAUUACUAUCAUUGCUGAUGACAUGAGCCGCCCAUUUCCUGCUGUUGUUGAUACUUUUCCUCUUCAUCACCGUAAACCUCGGAUUAUCAGUGGUCUCGCCGUCGUACAAAAACCAGUUGCUGCUGUCCAGCUUUUAGUUUCCUCAGGCAUCCAUAAGGAAGAUCUCAUUGGAAUUGGAUACUCUAACUCUGCGAGGGCUGUUGAUGUAAUUGUCGACCCGAGAGACAAGGUUCCCAUUGGCAUUAAACACGCCACGAACCCAAGGGGUGACAUCCUCAUUAACUUUGAUCAUGAUGAAGAAGAUGAUCCUGUAGAUUAUAAUCAUGCUCAACAGAACGCUGAGGACAAGUGCAGCAAAUUCUUGUACUCGCCUGCAGAGCCCAGAAGUGGAAACUUAUGUAAGACAUCGGGUAACGCCAGAAAGGUUUUGGGAUGUCUUUUGGAAGUCGGAAAUAAAGUUGUGUUUCGAAGAUACAGCAGAAGUCAUGCUGAAGAAGAAUUACGCACCUGGAUUCCAGCCCCAAUGAUGAUACCCAUAAGGAAAUUAGGAACAACACUGGCAAUAGCCAUCAUGAGGCUCUCUACCACAGUGACGCUCGCGUAA